AUGGCAUUGCAAGGACUGCUGCGCUUUGUCUUCUCGCUUGGCGCUGUCCGCCACGUCGCCGACGCGGCUGUCGAGGCACGCGAGAACGCCGAAGUAACCCAAGCCGCCAUCGCUGUCCGCCGGGCCCCCAAAGACGCUGAGAAUUCGUUGAGCGACCUCUCGCAAGCAGUCGCCAAUCUUCUCCUCAUCGACAGCAACGCCCUAGUGGCCUUAUACCAGUCGCUAAUUACAUACACUAUCACUGCCAGCAUCCUCCGCCAGCUCGUGGCCAGCGUCGUCGCCCGUACCUCGUCGCUGUACUCAGACUACGUCGUAUCCACUGGUGACAAGAUCGAAAUCACUGUCACAGGUGUACGCCAGUGA